AUGCCGGAGCAAACAACUCCACCGCACCAGAGCUCUUCGUCAGUGGCGGCGGAGCAUGCCAUACCACAAAUCCACCACCAAUCUAAUCAUCAUGAUCUGCUCUACCCAAAUCUAUCAAUAUAUUUUCCCAAUUCUCACUCACUCAUGAUUAAUGCUGAUGAAAAGAAAGUCCAGAGGUCCUCUUCUUCAUCAGGCUACUGGUAA